AUGGAGGAGAGCUGCGACCCCUCCAGUACGGCAAGGCCAUGCAUUCAGUGCUGCCCCUCGGACUCCACCACAGAUGACGGCAGUGCCCAGGACAACUGUGCCCCACCUGCCCCUGCCCGCUCCCCGACCUGUGCCCGCUGCCGCAACCACGGCAUCCGGGUCCUGCUCAAGGGCCACAAGAAGGGCUGCCAGUUCCAGGGCUGCCAGUGUGACAAGUGCAUCCUCAUUCUGCAGCGCCGGCGUGUCAUGGCUGCCCAGGUGGCCCUGCGCAGGCAGCAGGAGACGGAGCUGAGGAAGCAGCUGGCCAGAGGUUUGCUGCGGCUCAGGGAUGGCUCUGCCGUGGCCUCUCUGGGCUUGGCCAAUCCCCACGAAGGGGCCAAGCCAAAGGAGCGAGCAGCCGCAGCCGCAAAGGAAAAUGCAGAGCCGGGCUCCACAGCUGGACAUACCCAUCAGGGGACUGCAGGGCCCACCGGCCACCGGAGUCACCAGCCUGCCAGAAGGGAAAGCCCCUGGCUGCCUCUUCCCCACCAGCCUGAGGUGACUCAGCUGCCCUGGCCCCUUGGAGAAUGCCAGCCACCCUACACACCUUGGUUCCUGCCAGCUCUUCCCCUGCCCCCACCCGUCCUCUGCCAGGUGUUGCCCCAGGAGCCUCCCCUUUGCUUCACAGCUCACCCAGGUUGUGAUGGCGGCAAGGUGACACAUGCCCCAGGGGGUCUCGUGGCAGUCCCAGGACGGCUGUUCCAGCAGGCACCAAGCCCCGCCUGGUUCCCACCAGCAGCCUCUGCAUCCACUGAACUGCUUGGCCGCCUGGCGCUGAGUCCCUUGGAUGGGAACAUGGAUUUGAGCAGCCACCUGGAGUCGACACUGCCAGGAGCCCAGCCUCCUUUCUCCGCGGCUCACCUCCCGCUCAGGUGCACCAGGGGGCUUGUCUUCUCUCCCGUCUCCGAAGAGCAGCUGCAGAAGGAGGCUGCCGAGGCCUUGAUGGUGCUGAGAAAUUCCCCCCAGCUGGCCCCCUCUGCUGCCAUGCCAGACUUCCUGCCCCUCACUGGCACUGCACCCCCCAUUCCGGCCUUUCCUGCUUUCACCCCUCCUCCUGGAGACCCCGGGAACAUGGGGGCGUCUGAUCCCACCCAGCAGCAGGCCCUGAAGGCCCCUGGGGACAAGGCUUUGCCAGCAGAGCUGGCUGGCGCUGGUGGGCAGCAGGGCUCGGGACGUGUGCGCCCCGGUUUGCUGCGCUGCAGGACUCUUCCUCAGUCACGCAAGAACUUCCGCCUGGUCUCGACAGCUCCACAGGGAGUCGCAACCCUGAUGGUUUCCAACAUCCAGGUCUUCAAACCUGGUUCCAGCCCCCCGGGGAUUCCCAACCAGGAUGCCCCCCAUCCCGCCCCUUCUGACUCCCUGGGCUCCACUGCACAGGCCCUCUGCAUGGCACAGGCUGCGGAUCCCGGUGGGAUUCCAGAGACAGCUGCGUCCGCCCCGGAUCCAGCUCGCGCUGCCUCUGCUCUCAGCAGCCCUCGGUCCCUGCCCUUGUGCGCCCCUCCCGCAGAAAUGCCCAUCUCCCCGCUGCCCACGCAAAGCCCCCCUGUCACGCUCCCCAGCCUGUCCUUACUGACUCCCAGCCCAUGCCUCAUUACCCACCAGCCCCUCCCAGACACUGUGCUUGCCCCAAGGUUCAAGGCCCAGCAGGGCCCUGCGAGCCAGGGGAGCGGCCGUGGCAGCAAGGGGCAGGUGGCAGAGGAGAGCAGCAGAAGCAGGGCACCUGGGACCUGGGGCCUGGCAGAUCCCGCCACAGCAGGGACUGGCUUCCUCGUCCCCAAGCAGACACGCAGCGGCUCCAUCCAGGGGGCCUCGCCCAGCCUCAGCUGCUCCUCCAGCCCAGCGCCUCUCCAUCCGCCACACUGAGCAUCGGCCAGCUGAGCUCCAGCUGGCUCCCGGCUCCUUGGGGACCGGAGCUGGAGCAGGCCCUGCCUUUAGGAGAACGGCACUGGGAGGAAGGCCAUGGGGACCAAGAUGGAUAAUCAUGGGGAGCGGGAGGGAAUUUCACCCCACCUCCCCACUGGUGUUUCUUUUUAAGUGGGGGAAGGGCCACCUGUUGGUUUUUACACUCCCUGUCCUGCUUUCCUUGUAGAAGUGUAAGGGGCCAGGCCAGCGCCAUGCUGCAGUGUGGUGUGCGGGGACUCUCCGUGUGCAUCUUCCCUGGGAGGAGAGGUCAGCUCGCACACGGUAAAAUCCCAGUCAAGGCAAGGCACUGCAGCUUGGAGUUUUCACACUGUGGUGGGUUGAGGUAAGAAGAUGGGGGAGCCUAGGGUCUGUCUUGUCUUGCCUAGGAUUUCACCUCAUGUUCAUUGCCGUGUGGUAGCUAACGUGAGUCAGGAACACAGCUUGGUCCUAGUGAAGACACGGCACACAGCUGUGUUUGUCAGGGGAAUGUUAAAGCAGUGCGUUUUUAAUGGCGUUAGGGCCAUGGGUUUUUAACAGUAUCGGAUUGAGUAGUUUGAGUUCCUCCUGAAAUUAACAGGCAUUGAAAUGAAUUCCUGCUGGUUUUAAAGACCGGCGUGUUUAUUUAAAAGCCACUUUCGAGCUGCAUUGAAGGAUUUAUCCCCCUUCUGGCAUGUCCAAGUUGCCAGGGAAUUUGUGGGGUUUAUUCUUUUGGGAAUGAGCGGACGUGAGUAUCACACCAUGAGUGGGUCCCGCUAUUUGUUGCCAAUAAAACAUUG